AUGAUGUUUCGUGGAUUAUCAACUAAGCUGUUGAACAUAUGCAUAGCUUCAUUUUGUAAAGUCCGGCUACUGGAGAAAGCAGAAGCCAUUAUAAUUGACGGUGUAAGAUUAGGGGUGAUUCCAGAUGUGGUAACUUACAAUACUUUGGUCAGUGCAUAUUCUCGGUAUGUUAGCUUAGAUGCAGCUUAUUCUGUUAUUCAUAGAAUGAAAGAAGUUGGGAUAAGUCCAGAUGUCAUUACUUACAAUUCUUUGAUAGCUGGGUCGACCAGGGAUUGUUUAUUAUCACAAUCCCUGGAUUUGUUUGAGGAAAUGCUACAAGCAGGUAUACAUCCUGAUGUAUGGAGUUACAAUAUUCUGAUGAAUUGUUUCUUUAAAUUGGGCAAACCCGAUGAAGCCAACAGAGUAUUUCAGGAUAUUUUACUUAGCAAUCUCGCUUCUCACCCAGCUACCUUUAACAUAAUGAUUAAUGGCCUUUGUAAAAAUGAAUACAUUGAUAAUGCCCUUAUGUUAUUUAGAAAUUUGCAACGUCAUGGUUUUGUUCCCCAAUUAGUGACAUACAAUAUUCUUAUCAAUGGGCUAUGCAAGGCACGCAGAUUGCGGCAAGCAAGGACAAUGCUAAGGGAACUUGGGGAAUCAGAUCUUGAGCCAAAUGCCAUAACCUACACUACAGUUAUGAAAUGCUGCUUUAGGUCUAAGCUGUAUGACAAAGGGCUUGAUAUUAUGUUGGAGUUGAAGAGUAAAGGGUAUACAUUUGAUAGUUUUGCAUACUGCACAAUCGUUGCUGCUUUAGUUAAGACUGGGAGGAUAGAAGAGGCAAAUGCUUGCAUGGAACAGAGAAGGUAA